AUGUGUUGAUGAAAGUAUAUAACAAGCCCCCUCCCUCCUGUACAUCCAGCUAUUAUACAAUUCGUCUUGAAGGUCUUAAAUCUGUCAUACCAUCCUCUUAGUCCUCCAUAAGAAAUCUCAUGGAUCUCUCCAUGAAAGUCUUUGUGGUCGUCCUCCUGCUUCUUGUGGCUAUUGAGGACCAGGGACCAGUGCAAGUAGCUUUGGCGAGGGACUGCAAGUCACAGAGCUACAAGUUCAAGGGGAUGUGCGUGCGCAAUGACAAUUGUGCAAGUGUUUGCCUGACCGAGGGUUUCCCCAGAGGCAAGUGCAAGGGCUUUGCAUGUUCCUGCUACAAGGAUUGCUAGAUGGCCCUGAUUUGUCUAUUGCGUACAUGCUUUUGUGUAAUAAAAAUUGAAUAAAUAAUAGUAGAUCUAUAUCCA